UCCGGGUCACCUCACUUUUUUUUUUUUUUUUAAGAAAAAGAUGUUCAAACAUCCAAACAGUUUUUAAUUAUCUGAUCUAGCUGUGAGUUAUUUAGAGUAAAGUGGUUUCAUAUUUGAACAGCAAUAGUCGCGGUUGGUUUAAGAAGCACAUUUACAGCAGCAGGAGACCGGAAGUAGCUGCCCCCAGUCAAGCAUUAAGCUAGCAGGCUAACUCCACACCAGAGAAAGCUUUCUGGACUGUUUCUCCAGCCACCAAAAGAUCUGAAAGCGAUUAUAUUGGACUAUUAGUGGGUCUGCGUAAGAUUUUCCUGCCUUUUCGCGACCCCAAGAUUUAGAUGGGAUUGAGUUGGCCGGUGCAGCGAAGCUUCAGUCAUCCGAAGUCCUGUUAAAACAUGGAGGAUGAGGAGGUAGCAGAGAGCUGGGAGGAAGCCGCAGACAGCGGGGAAAUUGAAAGAAGGCUUGAAGCAAAGCUAAAGAUAAAUCAGGAAGCAAAGAAGUCCACUUUGAAACCUGCGGGUUCACCUGUGCGAACUGCCGUCGUCAUCCAAGACGACUCUCUGCCGGCAGCACCCCCGCCUCAAAUCCGAAUAUUAAAGCGGCCUUCCAAUAACGCCUCUGCAGGAAACGCUUCUUCGUCUCGUCCCUCGCAGCAGACUAAAUCUUUGGCCCAACGGGAGGCAGAGUAUGCAGAGGCGAGGAGGAGGAUUUUAGGAAGUGCUUCGUCGGAAGAAACGCCUCAGGACAAUCCAGGCCAGGAUAGACCUGCUCGUGUGAGUGUGCAGCAACAGUCAGAACCCGUUCGUCCAAUCAAUCAGGCGAUUCGUCAACCCACCGGACCGGAUGGCACCCCGGGCUUCCGCCUCUGCAGAUAAAUUAGAGCCGCCUGCUCCAAGACAGCAGCUGCCUCCACGGCUAGUGGAGGUCGAUGGGGUUUGAAGAGCAGAGUGGCGGGUGGCGGGAAACGGCAGAAAUCAUGGAGACCAGGCUGGGACCUAGACUAACUCCUGAACCCCCGCUCUGCUCUGCUCGCUGGAUCAGUCUUUGCUUUUUGCCUUGUCUUUUCCACUCGUGGAAGGUUGUCAAGGUGGCAGAGAUCAAAGAAACGAACCCCCCCCCCUUCUGUUCCACACAGCAAACAGGCUCGGUUGCGCACCCCACACACUGUGAUGUACUAGGACGCGUCCUAGGACUCUAAAGCCUGACUGCUGGGCUGCAUGUAUCAGGUGUUUGUCUUUUCAGGCAGAAAUAAUAAAACUUGUGGGAAAAGUCCCAGUGUCAUGCAGGCAGAUGAGCUGGUCCCGUCCUGAUGGGUCAUGACUACAAAAACGGUCUUUAGGGGAAGCGGAGUCCAAGUUCUUAAAGGUGCCAAGACGUGACCCUGUGCUUUAGCAGCUCGAGUGUAAGGACAGAAAGUUUGUUCCAGAAGACGGCACAUGUGCUUCAGAUGAAAGGUGUGACAUUAGCUCCUCCGACACAAGAAAAAGUCACAUUUUAAAAAGAGUCAGCCUCAUUAAAACUUACCUUUUUCAAGCAAUAACAAUAAGAUUACUUCCUUUAAUUUUGUGUGGUUUACUGAAAACGUUUGUGAACAUUAAUACUUCACUCCUCCAGAACUCUGCUGUGAUGGUGUCUAAUUCAAUUGGAUGAAAUUGGAUAAAAAUUGCAAUUCUGAAGCACUUGUGCUUUAAUGUUCCUGUGUGCUUGCACUGUAACUGCUCACGUUUAUCAGCUUGAGUGCCCCGUUGUCAUGGAGACGGAUAUAAUCCUAUGUUAAAGUUUGACAAAUGUUGAAUAACUCCCCGAGUUUCGUUGAAUGUCUACCUGGAAUUUUUUUUUGUUUGUUUUGCAAAGCAGGGUUUUUGCAAUAUUGCUUGUCGUUUGUUACAUAUUAAAAAUAUGCCGUGGAAUCCGAUAAAUACAGAGAACCUUCCAGUACUAACUGUUGGUAUCACAAUAAAUGAUGUAGGUUUGAAAGCUCACUUUUAUGCCUUAAAUGAUCCCUUCUCGCCAGCUGACACCUUUUUUUGGCUUGUUUUCUGACCUUUUUGUGUGCUUAUCAGUAGCCUAUGGUUUGUUUUAGACCAAAUCUUGCUCAAUCAAGCACACAUUUACAGAAAUGUGAAAUAAAAUGGCUUUUGUGCUGCUCAAAAACAUUUCAGUUACACUGAGCUCACUUUCUAUCAAACUAUAAAAGUUUAGAGUCCCUUCAGUAUUUUUGUUCUAAUGAAUGACUUAUGUUUUAUAUAUUUGAACAAGAUUUUAUAUACAUCUAGUGAAUAGCUUAUAGUGAGUUUUAGGAAGUUGAUUAUAAUCUUAAAUCAUGAAGAGCUCAGUGUGAUCUGCCAAUGAUAUUUUUUUAGCAGUCAUUUAAAGUCAACAGUAAGAUUGAAUUGAUGUCAUUGUUGUCAAAUUAAAACAACAAAUGAAAUCUGAAUACUUUUAAUAAACACAAUGAUACAUUUUCC